UCGGCGCGCAGGCUCCGGUCGCGGCCGCUUGGAACUUGCGGAGCGGUUCUGCAGCCAAGUGCUUCGGCCUCCGGAUCCGGUGCGUCCGGCUGCGGGAGACCGGCUCGAGUGUGAGGCCGGCGGAGGUGCGGCGCGGCCCGGCCCGGCCCCGGGGCCGUAGCCUUCGCAGGCGCCCGCCGCCAGCCGCGCCUUCGCAGCGUACUCCAUGCAUCCGGAGCCUGCCCCGCCCCCGAGUCACAGCAAUCCCGAGCUUCCCGUGAGCGGCGGCAGCAGCAGCACUAGCGGCAGCCGCCGGAGCCGCCGCCGCAGCGGGGACGGGGAGCCCUCGGGGGCCCCACCGCUGCCGCCGUCGCCGCCGCCGCCGCCGCCCGCCGUCAGCUACCCGGACUGGAUCGGCCAGAGUUACUCCGAGGUGAUGAGCCUCAACGAGCACUCGAUGCAGGCGCUGUCCUGGCGCAAGCUCUACUUGAGCCGCGCCAAGCUCAAAGCCUCCAGCCGGACCUCGGCUCUGCUCUCCGGCUUCGCCAUGGUAGCGAUGGUGGAAGUCCAGCUGGAUACAGACCAUGACUACCCACCAGGGUUGCUCAUCGUCUUCAGCGCCUGCACCACAGUGCUGGUGGCCGUGCACCUUUUUGCCCUCAUGAUCAGCACCUGCAUCCUGCCCAACAUCGAGGCUGUGAGCAACGUCCACAACCUCAACUCCGUCAAAGAGUCGCCCCACGAGCGCAUGCACCGCCACAUCGAGCUGGCCUGGGCCUUCUCCACUGUCAUCGGGACACUCCUUUUCCUGGCGGAGGUCGUGCUGCUCUGCUGGGUCAAGUUCCUACCGCUCAAGAGGCAAGGGGGACAGCCGAGCCCCACCAAGCCUACGGCUCAGUCAGCCGCCGCCGUCGGCGCCAACCACAGCGACAGCAGCGGCAUCACCCCCGGUGAGGCGGCAGCCAUCGCCUCCACCGCCAUCAUGGUUCCCUGUGGCCUGGUUUUUAUCGUCUUUGCCGUUCACUUCUACCGCUCCCUGGUCAGCCAUAAGACGGACCGACAGUUCCAGGAGCUCAACGAGCUGGCUGAGUUUGCCCGCUUGCAGGACCAGCUGGACCACAGAGGGGACCAUUCUCUAACACCUGGCACCCACUAUGCCUAAGUCCUCACCUUCCCUCUGGCCCUUUGAGGCCUUGGCCUUAUGCCCUUCCCCAUGACCCUGUCCUGGCCCAGGACGGCCUGUGCAGGCAGCUGGCUUCACCAGGGCAAAGUGGAAGGAAGAGGCUUUUGAAAAAAAAAAAAGAAAUCACUGCACUUCGAGAUUUUCUUCUGUGAGAAUAAGCUCUCCCUGUUCUUCCAGCUCUCCGCACCCCACCCCACCCACCCCCGUACCCCGUAGGAUGUGGGGGGUGGGUGUGGGUGGGUGGAAUGGGGACAGUCACUUUCUUUGUCCCUUCUUUCCUGCACCAGUGCCACCAGGAUGCUUCCUGUCCUGCCCUCAAACUCCUUACUCGUUGGCCGUGUGUGUGUGUGUGUGUGUGUGUGUGUGUGUGUGUGUGUGUGUGUGUGUGUGUAUACACGCACGUCUCUUCUGUGCGUGUGUGUACAUGCAUGUGUGUGCAUGUGUGCACAUGCACACUUGUAUGUACACAUAAAAUAUAUUCACAAGGGACACCUC